CUAACGGUACAUCCGGGCACUCUGCUCCGUUGACAACCCUGCGAAGAUGGCGACUACUGGGAGGAGUGCAUUAUUAUCCUCCACCUUAACCGGAUCCAAGACCACGCUGGAGAACCCGGAGGAGGAUGACGGGCAGAACUUAUGGUCGACUAUCCUGAGCGAAGUGUCAACCCAUUCAAGAUCAAAGCUACCAUCCGGGAAAAAUGUCCUGGUUAUGGGGGAAGUUGGCUCGGGGAAAACCACCCUGGUUGCCAAGUUACAAGGAGUCGAAGACUACAUGAAAGGUCGAGGUCUAGAAUAUCUCUACAUCAAUGUCCAUGAUGACGACAUUGACGACCACACGAGGUGUAACGCAUGGGUGUUGGACGGAGACUUGUACCACAAAAGUCUACAGGGAGUCGCCGUACCGGUAGACUCCAUCAGCAACACGUUACUGGUCAUAACGGUUGACAUGUCGCGGCCAUGGAACGCGCUGGACUCCCUGCAGAAGUGGGCGGCGGUCGCGAGGGAACACGUCGACAAACUACGAAUCCCUCCGGAAACGCUGCGGGAGCUCGAGCACAGACUUGUAAAACAGUUUCAGGAAUACACAGAGCCAGGUAGUGGGGAGGACGGGACCUCGCAGAGAAGAGCCGAAGAGGAGGAAAGUGUGUUGCUGCCAUUAGGAGACAACACACUCACGCACAACCUGGGCAUACCAAUGGUGGUGGUUUGCACUAAGUGUGAUGCCAUCAGCACUUUGGAGAAGGAGCACGACUACAGAGACGAACACCUGGACUUUAUCCAGUCCCACAUCCGACAGUUCUGUCUACAGUACGGAGCGUCUCUUAUUUACACAUCAGUGAAGGAGAUGAAGAACCUCGAUGUGCUAUAUAAAUAUCUGGUCCACAGACUUUACGGCUUUCCAUUCCACUGCCCUGCGCAAGUGGUGGAACGAGAUGCAGUCUUCAUUCCCUCAGGUUGGGAUAAUGAAAAGAAGAUUGCAAUACUUCACGAGAACUUCCAGACAAUAAAGACCGAUGAGAGCUUCGAGGAUGUGAUCGUCAAACCGCCAGUCAGAAAGAUUGUCCAUGAAAAGGAGAUUCAGGCUGAAGAUGACCAAGUGUUUCUGGUAAAAUUGCAGUCACUGCUCGCCAAACAGCCAGCUGUUACUGUUGGUCGACCAGUGGACACGACAAGCAGAGCACCCAGCGGUUCACCGCGGACAAGCAACCGUUCUGCAGCCGCCAACGUCGCCAACGCCAUGCCACAAUCAGGUCAAACCAGUGAGGGUGUCUUGGCUAACUUCUUCAACAGUCUACUGACAAAGAAAGCAGGGACAGGAGGAGCCGGAACGGCAGGAGGUGGCAACAACACACCAGGGACAGUACGCAAAUCAGGCUCAAAACUGGGCCUGAGCGAUGUACAGGCGGAGCUAGACCGCAUAUCCAACCGAGAGACGGAGUUGGACUUGCCCAAUGCCAACGAGACCGACGGCCAAGACACAUGAAGACCAUGGCGCUUCAAUCCACCCUGUUCUACUUCUCUCCUCCACCUCAACCACCCUCCCUCCCUCUGCUCUGACACCUGGGAAAAGAAAUGGUGGACACCUAGUUUUUCUACCUAUCAUCUGUCACCCUCCACAUGAAGACUUGUCCCAUCUCUCCGUACCUUAUUCCAAAACCUAGCCCCACCCUUCCAAAUCCCAAAUGGCUGUUACACUGAGGAGGAGGAGGAGGAGGGGGGGGGGCUCACUGUUAAUGCAAAAAUGGUUACAUGUGUAAGGGGGACCAACAUGAUGGCUGGAAUGAUGUUUAAAAUGAUUCAUUGCAAGACUGAUAGUGAAGGUGUUAUUCCAUCCAUUAAUUGUGAUGGUUCACUUAGUGUUUUGUUUUUAAAUGGUAGAAACUGCUGAAAGACAUUUUGAAGAAACUGCACUUAGAUAAUAGGAUCGUUUGACCAGUGACUUGGCAGAGGAAGGGAGUGAGAUGAAAAAAUAUUGCCUGAAACUAUAGUUUUUGGGGUUUUUUUUUUGCAUUUGUUUUUUAAAGAAGGGAUAAACAUACCUGUGUGAAUGUGUGUAUGUAUAUGAGAGAGUGAAAUGGAAAAUGAAGGACAUAACUUUAAACUAUUUGUAUGUUGAAGUUCUAUUUGCAAACCAAAAAAAGAACAAACAUGACUAUGCUCUACACUACACUCACUGAAAUACACUACACCACAAAGUUAAAAAAUAUAUAUGUUAGACUUCAGUCUAGAAUGACACACACUUUUUGACAUUUGACCCAAACUCCCUUCAUGACACUUAGAAAGGCAGAUGAGCUUUACAUGGGCAGAAUGACGUACCCGAUGACUUUGUAGGCAGGGUGGUGUGUGGCCAGAAGAUGUCAAACUAUGGUCGGGUCACAUGAAGAAUGUACAGCCAUCGUCUUGCUGAUUGGUCCUGUUAUUUCAAAGCUCUGUGUCGGCGUUUGUAUAAUCAGAUCUGUAAGGCAGUCAAAUAAAGGUAUUUAUUCGGA